GCGGGCGGAGCUGGUCCCGUUGUGCUGCGGCUCCGCGCGGCCUGCAGUCCCGGGCCCGCGCCCCGCGCCGCCCGCAAUGGAGCCCGGCCCCGACGGCCCCGCCGCCAUCCGCGAGGGCUGGUUCCGCGAGACGUGCAGCCUGUGGCCUGGCCAGGCCCUGUCGCUCCAGGUGGAGCAGCUGCUCCACCACCGGCGCUCGCGGUACCAGGAUAUCCUUGUCUUCCGCAGUAAGACCUACGGUAACGUGCUCGUGCUGGAUGGCGUCAUCCAGUGCACGGAGAGGGACGAGUUCUCCUACCAAGAGAUGAUAGCCAACCUGCCUCUCUGCAGCCAUCCCAACCCCCGAAAGGUGCUGAUCAUCGGAGGCGGAGAUGGUGGCGUCCUGCGGGAGGUGGUGAAGCACCCCUCCGUAGAGUCUGUGGUCCAGUGCGAGAUCGACGAGGAUGUCAUCCAGGUCUCCAAGAAGUUCCUGCCGAGCAUGGCUGUUGGCUACUCCAGCUCAAAGCUGACCCUGCAUGUGGGCGACGGUUUUGAGUUCAUGAAACAGAACCAAGAUGCCUUCGAUGUGAUCAUCACUGACUCCUCGGACCCCAUGGGCCCCGCGGAGAGCCUCUUCAAGGAAUCCUACUACCAGCUCAUGAAGACGGCGCUCAAGGAGGACGGCAUCCUCUGCUGCCAGGGCGAGUGCCAGUGGCUGCACCUGGACCUCAUCAAGGAGAUGCGGCAGUUCUGCAAGUCCCUCUUCCCGGUGGUGGCCUACGCCUACUGCUCCAUCCCCACCUACCCCAGCGGCCAAAUCGGAUUCAUGCUCUGCAGCAAAAACCCGAGYACCAACUUCCGGGAGCCGGCGCGGCCGCUGUCGCCGGCGCAGGUGGAGCACAUGGCGCUGCGCUACUACAACGCCGACGUGCACCGCGCCGCCUUCGUGCUGCCCGAGUUCGCCCGCAAGGUGAGCGCCGCCGCCGGGCUCCGGAGCCACCUGGUGCCACACAGCCCUGAGCGUCCCCUGACGGCCCCCUGUCCUACCAGGCCCUGAACGACGUGCGCUGACCGGAGCCGCUGCAGUGCCGCCCAGGACCGCGGGCUGGACGGGGCGUCUCCAGCGUGCCCAGGCCGCGGCCCGGACCGGACCCCCGCCAGCUCUCGCCCACCGACCAAGUGUUACAGGCCCCGGAAUGCUGCCCGGCCUGCCUGCUGGGCACUCUGUCUGUCUGUCUCUCUGGCGUUCCGCCCAAGCCUAGACCAGCUCUGUACAGACGCGCCUCUGCCCUCUCGCCCCUCAGCAAACACGUGUAUUUAUAACAAA